CAGCUUGAGCAUAAAAACAACAGCGUGGGCGUUCAGAGCUGUUUUUGGUGCUGUCUUCUUUGCUCUGCUGCGGAAAGUUGACAAAAUGGUGCAACAGCUCUCCAAACCUGGAGCGAAGGAGACUCUUUUGCUGAAAGCUGGCCACCCUCCGGCAGUAAAAGCAGGAGGUAAACGAGUGGCCAAGAAAAGCUUGGAAGAGACUGGCCCCCAUGGGACCCCAGAGAAGGACACAAAAAGGUCUGAUAAAGUCAGCAGGUCCCUUGGCACCGCCAGCAGGAUGCAACAAGUUGGGAUACUUAUGGCAGGAACUCUUGACAAGCUGAGCCAUGACUUUCCAGAGGUACCAGUAAGCGUGAGGCACAGCAAGGUGCGCCCUGCAGUGGAGAAAUCUCACUGCACUCGGACCUUCUUCAUCCAGCAGCCCAGGAAGUGGUGAAGUUGUUAAAGAACCCCCCCCACCCACCCUCGAGGCAACUGUGUUAAGUCGGCUGUGAAACGUCAACAUGAAGUGUUAAACUCAUGAGGGAAUUGACAGGCUAUCUGUAAGGUGUUGAUGGAAAAACGGCUUUCAUCAAGCUCUGUUUACUUGGAGGGGAAAAAGGUUAUUUUGGGCUCUGCUUGCUUUUUUUUUAGAAUUGUUUAAACCAGCAUUCAAUGCAUCGUUCCUAGCGUUACCAGAAAUGCUGUAGUUGUAUUCACCAGCUGAUGAGGAAAAGAGGGAUUUGGGUUAAAGUAAGUUUAAUGGGUUGAAGGGAUGUGAAUGGAGCUUCAACUGCUUGUUAAAUACAAUCUUUGUAUUGCUUUGCACUUAUUGUAGAUUUAAUAAUAAAAACUUGCAUGGGA